UCACGUGACUGACUCUUCUUCUCCCAUCUUUUUUCUUGAACUCAGGAACCUAGGUUUGGAUUUGCCGAUUUCAGUUAUUUCUGAAUCAAUUCUUGUCUAGCUGGGGAUAAAUUAUGGUCCAAUUGGAUCUGCAGAGCUUUAUCCUCCGGGCUCGAGUGCUUAAACUCUACCGACAAGCAUUGAAGGUAGCUCAGAGAGCUCCUGUUCAUGUUAGAGGGGAAUUGAAACAGACUGUUAGGCAUGAGAUGGAAAAGAACAGAGACUGUGACGACAAACAAAAGAUUCGGUAUCUGAUUAGUGAAGGUUUAGAGAGAAUUAAAGGACUCGACGAGAUGUUGGAUAUGCAAGGCCAUUAGUAUUGGUGUAAGAUGAUGUUCUUUUACAUUUUUUUGUAGCUUCUGCUUUAAUCGAAUGUGAUGCAAUGCUAGAUGGUCAUCUUUGUGGUUAAGCUCUUUCUUGCAUAUGUUCUUUAUCUCUAUUGAUUGAUAUUUUUCAGCGAGCAACAUUAUAUAUAUAUAUAUAUAUUUUACCUGGAUUUGUAAGAUAAUUUUUAGAUUUCUCGACGUUAUACGCAACAUUAUAAUUUCUGUUGUAGUCAACUUCUGCUGCAACCCAUCCACAAAGCUUAUCAUGCGAGAUUAAACACUUUCUCGAUGGGUUGCAAUAGAACAUCACUAAAAUAGAAGUGAUAUUGUUUGGAAAAACGUCAAAGAACCGAUAUCUUAUAAACAUCUUACAAA